GAAGUGAGUGAGUGUGCUGAAAGCCAGCCUGCAAACCAAGCUUCCUUGGGAUGACGAUGAUGAUGAUGGUCGCAGUGUCUUUCCACGACUGCAGCAACAGGUGGCGGUGGACGACACAGAGGUGCAGGACAUCAACAGCACCCAGAAUAAAGCAGCAGUGCCUUUCCUCUGGUCCCCGUGUUAGUAAUUCCCGCUGAAUUGACGCGACUUCGUUAUCCGAGGCCACCUGCUCCGGACGACCACCGAGGAAGAGCUGCACACUGCAGCUUCUUCUCUGCCGUUUACCCGGAGGGAGAACCGGCCUGGAGGAUGGAGGCUGUGGCAGUGUGUGUAUGAGCCAUGGCGUCCACAGUGUCGCAGUGGUUUCGUAGCCUUCGUGUGAAGUUGCUGCAACGUUAUGAGCACCAGCCUUUUGUGUCAUGUUUGGCUGGUUUGUACGGCUGCCAGUGGAGACACAACAAGAGUCGACCUGAAGGCUCCUGCUGCAACAAGUUGGAGGGCGCCAGCUUUGCUGUGCUUGUGGCGGCUUUCUGCUUGACGCUGCUGUUCCUCUACUUCUGGGGCCAAGCCAAGAACGACUACAAUGACUUUGACUGGUUUAACUUUGGGAACCUGGGCUUCUGGUUCCCGUGGUCUGUGGUGCUGCUGGCUGUCGCUGUGGUCUUCUUCACCUACGUCACAGUGCUUGUGCUGCUGGCUGUGUGCUUGCUGUCAGAGGGCCAGAAGCUUUAUUUACACUGGAGUCACAAGAUCGGGAUCCUGGUGAGCCUGACGGUCUCCGUCAUCGCCAUGGCCGUCUUGUCCAACCUGUGGAGUAAAGAAUGGAGGACGCUGCUGCUGUCCUUCCAGAUAACAGCACCUUUCUUACAUGUGGGUGGAGUCUUACUGAUGACAUCACUGGCUUGGCCUGUUGCUUUGCAUUUCUUUCGCAUGAAAAGCAGAGUACGGCGAGGCCUGAUGAUGACCGUGUACCUGACUGUCUUGUUGUCCCUCUACUUGGUUCCCCUCGGGUUGUAUUCUCCUUGUAUCAAAGAGAAGGGGACCCUGGGCCCUGCACCGGCUCUCAUCGGCCACAGAGGAGCCCCUAUGCUCGCUCCAGAAAACACCCUGAUGUCCUUUGAGAAGGCGGUGGAGGCUGGGUGUGACGGUCUGGAGACGGAUGUCACCAUAAGUUUUGAUGGCGUGCCUUUUCUGAUGCAUGACUACACUUUGCAGCGGACCACCAACAUCCAUGAAGUUUUCCCAAACCGGACCAAUACUCCGGCUGCCAGGUUUACCUGGAAUGAGCUGGAGAGCCUGAACGCUGGGGACUGGUUCCUGUCUCACAACCCAUUUGGCACGGCUGGCUCUCUGGACGCAGACGACCGACAGCGAGCUGGAAACCAGUCUGUCUGUAGCCUGCAGGCCUUCCUCCAGCUGGCAGCUCAGACGGGCAAACUCGUGAUCUUUGACCUCUAUCGCCCACCCAGAGAUCACCCUUUCAGAGACACCUGGAUCCAGCGCACGCUCGAGGUCAUCCAGAACGAAUCAUCCAUCCAUUCCUCACAGGUGCUUUGGCUGCCAUCAAAUCUCAGAGCUCUGGUCCAGGAACUCGAUCCUGAGCUCCAGCAGACUUCAGGCAGUCGGCUCCCUCUAGAGGAGCUCCAGAGUAACCACAUCGUCAAACUCAACCUGGACUACACUUCCAUGUCCGCUGAGCUCAUCAGGGAGUAUGCUGCAGUAAACAUCACCACAAACUUGUAUGUGAUCAGCCAGCCGUGGCUCUACUCUGUAGCCUGGUGUGCUGGAGUGCAUUCAGUCACCACCAACGCCCCCCAGCUGCUCAGCACUAUCAGUUCCCCUUUGUUUAUCAUGAGUCCCGAUGAGUAUAAACUGAUGUGGAUUCUUACUGAUCUGAUGUCCUUUGUGCUGAUACUCCUUAUCUUCUUCUUCCACAGAUGGAGAGAGAGAGAACUGGCCUUCUGCACAGGCAGCAGGAUCAAGAUGGAAGGUGGCACUUACAGCAAAUUUAAAAAGGAGCUGAGUGAUAUCUGGUCGGUCUCCAGUGGGAACUCUGCAGCGGAAAAGACGCCCAGCCUGGCGGUUGUAACAGAGCACUGAUGUCUGCUGAGCCUUCGAAGCCAAAUCACACACUGCCAACCUCGAAAAACUUCUGUGUCUUAAUGAAUUAAAGUGGCUGAAACAGUGCCUCACUCUGUAUUUAUCUGGUUUAGCGUUUAAAAUCAUUUUACCGUUAGACUUCAAAUGGUUAGCAACAGCUAGCAGCUUAGUUUAGCUUAGCAUAAUGACUGGAAACACAAGGGAACAGCUAGCCUGGCUCUGGCUAAAGCUAAUAAAAAUCCAGUGUCUUAUUAGAUUGCGCUUGUUUAACCUUUCCCACUGCGGGCGUUUUUAGUCAACCUGAUUUUAAAUUCUUUUUACAGAUUUAUAAUAAACCAAACUCCUUAUUUAUAAUUGCCGUUGAACUAUUAUGUUGUUCCUCCUGCAUACUAUUAUAGUGAUGCUUAUAUUAAACAGUGUCAAAUAAUCAGGCGAUCUAGUAAUACAAGCCAAAAGCUCAGCCUUCAGAGCAGUUGGCUCAACAUGUUAACUUGCUAACUUUUUUUCAGUGGCAGAAACAAUCAUCCAUACUAAUUUGGUCAUCUUUGGGCAUGAUGGGAUGUAAGCAAAGCUCCACCCACCUGCUGCUCAAACCUUCCGUUUGUAGUAGUGAGCCAGUCAGAAGACAGUUGGUUUAAGUGGGAUGAAGGUAAAACGGCAUAGGAGAUAUUCUAACAGAGAAAUUACAACAACUUAACUGUGGAGCUGAAAAUGAGCCAAAUAGGACCACAUUCCACAAACUUUAACUUUUGAGUAAUUUACAGGUAAUGAGCAUUAACUGAGUAGAAUAUACAUUUUUAAGAAGAGCUAAAAUACUGUGGAGAAAAUUUUGUUUCAGAAGUGUCACA